GCAAAGAUGCCUUCAAAAAUAAUAACAUUAGAUGUUUUGUAGCUAUAAAAACAUACUAUAGAGGGCAGUAAACAGUAAUAAACUAAACACAAUCAGUAUUUGUUUUUUUUUUAAAUUUAUUACAACCCUUACAUCAGUAGUCUCGGGUACAUUUUGUGCAGUUUUAUAAGGAAAUUGGCUGGUAGGUCUAAGCAUCUUGGAGAAUAAUUUUUUUUUUUUUGCCUGAAAAGUGGUUAAUAUGUAAUAUAUUGCUUUCUUUAAUGCCAUACACAUCCAUCCAGUUUCUAUACCACUUAUUCUACCUGGAGUCUAUCCCAGGGAGCAUGGGGUACAAGGCAGGGUAUGCAAGCCUUUGGACUGGAGGAGGAAACCAGAUUACCCGGAGGAAACCCCCGCAGCACGGUGAGAACAUCUCUCCGCUGAGCUUUGGCAGUGUGAGAAGCUGUGGACAGCAGUGGGUGCUGAAACGGGAGUGGGUGUGAGUAAUCCUACAGGCUAUUCUGCUAUUCAUGAACCUCUACACUCGAGUAGGGGAGGAUCGCGGAUCACCUUGCACUCAAGUAUUUAUGGAGAGUGCUAUUGGCAUUACAAACAUCCAUAAGUAAGCCGGAGGUCUGCAAUUCUAUGCGCGGUCACGGUUUUCUCCGUCUGGCCACAUCGUAUACAUGCCAUAAAUGCCUAGGAAAACCAGGACUCCUCCAACUCCCAAUGUGAUGCAUCUGUACGACAGGAAAAUCACUCGACUAAGAUGGGUAAUAAGCAGACGAUAUUUACUGAUGAACAGCUAGACGCCUACCAGGACUGCACUUUUUUUACACGCAAGGAAAUCCUUCGGUUACAUGGAAGAUACCAUGAACUGGCUCCGCAUUUAGUUCCCAUGGAUUACACAAAUGAUCCUGAUGUUAAAGUCCCUUUAAGCCUCAUAGUCAACAUGCCAGAGCUGAAGGAAAAUCCAUUCCGUGACAGGAUCGUGGAGUCCUUCUCAGAGGACGGCUUGGGGAACCUCAGCUUCAACGACUUUGUCGAUAUGUUCUCAGUUCUGAGUGAAAUGGCCCCCCGAGAGCUAAAGGCCAUUUAUGCUUUUAAAAUAUAUGAUUUCAAUGUAGAUAAUUACAUCUGCAAGGAGGACCUUGAGAAGACUCUGAACAAGCUGACGAAGGAGGAGCUGACUCCCGAGGAGGUGAAUUUGGUGUGUGAGAAGGCAAUUGAGGAGGCUGACCUGGAUGGAGACAGCAAACUCUCCUUCUCUGACUUUGAAAACAUGAUUUCCAGGGCUCCUGACUUUUUAAGCACCUUCCAUAUACGAAUCUGAGAGGGCUUCUACUUCAUCUUCAGAGAUAUUUUGGGGUCCCAGAUUACAACUUGAAUCCUUCUCGAAAAACCGUCGACACAUAUAUAGUGCAUAGCAGUGCCUGUCCUCUACAGCUCUGAAGAAUUUUCUCUUGGUCCUAUUUGAACAUGCACUCACUUAUUGGGGAAGCUGGAUUUUGGAUCUCUUUGGCUCUGUUAUUUUUUGUUUGUUUGUUUUCUGAGGAAGCACACUUUAGAACGAGGAACGCUGAGAAAAUUCAUGACUAUUUUUCCUGCUGGAAAGAUUCUGCAGUUGGCUCAGAUUCUCAGAGUGGAAUUAAAAAUACCUGGAGGUUGAACAUCUGUAUGGGCAUUUCUCAUAUAACCACGUGGUGUUUAAGAAAGACUCCACUGGAAUAUAGACAUAUGGUGUUAUUUCUUUGUCAUACAAUGUCCAUGGCACCACUGAAUCGACAUCAGACACUCUCCUCCUGUUGUCUCCUCUCAUUUAGAAUUAUGAAAGGUAUGGUGGAGCGAUGGACAAAAUAAUGAAGAGAGGAAAGAUAGAGUGUAGAGACUGACAGGAGAGAGUGAGAGAGAGAGAGAGAGAGAGAGAGAGAGAGAGAGAAUGAGGGCUAAAAGCACAGCACUGGCAUCACAGUCAAAAAGACAGUCUUAUCUUUUAUACAGCUAUGCAAUCUUCCUCCAUGAAAUGCAUGAAUUGCAUUAAUUUUGCCCUCUGCUAUAAAUUGCUUUUGCUGUAUCUGAUUUUCUUAGUUGUCUUAUUGCUUAUAGGACUGGAGCAUGACGACAAUCAUAUCAAACUGUUCUCCAGUUGUACCAAGGGCUCUGUCAUCUUUUCUUACAUUUAGCCAUUCAGAAACUAUACAUUUUUAUUGUGCGCUCAUGUUCUCGUUUUCCUGUUUGAACCUGAUGUGUGUUAGCACCACCUCUUAAUCUCUUAAUGUCCCUUUUUUCAAUGUAAUAUAGGGCAUUUGACUUUGAAUAAAAUGUUUUCUGCUGUUUGUUGACCGAGUGCAUCUGUUUCAUACUGCUGAUUUCUUUUACACUUUGUCCAAGAACAUGAAAAUGAUAUACAGCCAACUGGUACGCUGAAUUUCUAUAGCU